UAAAUUAUUCAUUUAGUUAGUUGAGUUGUGUUCUAGUAAUACUUUUCUAGUGCAGCGUGGUAUUUAGUUUAUUUUAAAUUCAGUGUCAAUAUUUUAUCGUUAAACAUGGCGAAUUCAAAUGUAAAAGUGAAAUAUAAUAAGAUAUUUAUUGACAAUAAGUUCAUCGAUUCUAUCAGUGGAAAAACAUUUAUAACGAUAAAUCCGACAAAUAAACAAAAAAUUGUCGACGUUGCCGAAGGAGACAAGGCUGAUAUUGAUCUUGCUGUUAAGGCAGCCAAAGCUGCAUUUAAAAUUGGAUCCAAAUGGCGUACAAUGGGUGCAACUUCUAGAGGUCAGUUAAUAUUAAAAUUAGCUGAUUUGAUAAACGAGCACAAAAUUGCUUUGGCCAAUUUGGAGUCUUUGAAUAACGGAAAACUAUAUGAAGACUCUCUUAUAGAUAUUGAUGCAUCAAUAUCCACAUUAAAAUAUUAUGCUGGAUUUGCUGAUAAAAUUCACGGCAAAACAAUACCGACGAAUGGCCCAUACUUUUCAUACACUAAGCUACAACCAGUUGGUGUAGUUGGUCAAAUCAUUCCUUGGAAUUAUCCCAUUUUAACAAUCGCUUGGAAAUGGGGACCAGCUCUUGCCACUGGAUGUACAAUGAUACUUAAGCCAGCGGAACAAACUCCUUUGACGGCAUUAUACAUAGCAUCACUUACAAAAGAAGCAGGAUUUCCUAAUGGUGUUAUUAAUGUCGUUCCGGGAUAUGGACCAACAGCUGGUGCAGCUAUAGCUAGUCAUCCGGAUAUUAAUAAAGUGACAUUUACUGGUUCUACGGAGGUAGGUAAAAUAAUAAUGCAGGAAGCCGCAAAGUCCAACAUGAAACAUGUUACUUUAGAGUCGGGAGGCAAAAGUCCUCUUGUAGUAUUUGAUGAUUUUGAUGUUGACGAAGCAGCUAGUAUUGCUCGUGAUGCAGUUUUUGCAAAUAUGGGUCAAUGCUGUUCGGCAGGAACAAGAACUUUUGUACAAGAAGGCAUUUACGAAAAAUUUGUUGAAAAAGCUGCAAAAUUAGCUUCAGAAAUGAAAGUUGGUAAUCCAUUUGAAAGUGAAACUAAAGUGGGACCUUUGGUGGAUGAAGAACAAUACAACAAAGUUCUAGGUAUGAUCGAGUCAGGAAAAAAAGAAGGGGCUAAAUUAGAAGCGNCAGGAAAAAAAGAAGGGGCUAAAUUGGAAGCGGGUGGGUCUAAAGUUGGAGAUGUUGGAUAUUUUGUACGACCAACUGUAUUCUCUAAUGUUACUGAUGAUAUGAGAAUAGCCAAAGAAGAGAUAUUUGGACCCGUUCAGCAAAUCUUGAAAUUUAAAACUAUUGAUGAGGUAAUCGAACGCUCCAACAAUACUGAAUAUGGUUUAGCAGCUGGUAUUUUGACCAAAAACAUUGAUAUUGCAUUAAAGUUUUCUGAAAGCGUCGAUGCAGGAUCAGUGUGGGUUAACUGCUACGAUGUUUUCAAUGCACUGAGCCCAUUUGGUGGAUUUAAACAAUCUGGUCUUGGCAGAGAGAUGGGAGAGGAUGGUUUAACUGGACAUCUGGAAAUAAAAACUGUUACUAUGAAGAAACAAUUAUAAAUCAUUUAGGAAUUUAUGUGUAAUAAUUUUUAUUAUUGAUAUUUAGUUUAAAAUUAUUCGAAUUAUACAACAUAUGAAAUAAAUAAAGUAAUUUUUCAAUA